GGCAGGCGCGGAGCGGAGCGGGUUGGGAACGGCGGCGCCAUGGAGGAGGCGCAGGCUCUGAAGGAGCGGGGCAAUCAGGCUCUGGCAGCGGGGGACAUCGGCGCAGCGGUGCGGCACUACACGGCGGCCAUCGCCCUCGACGCCCACAACCACGUCCUGUACAGCAACCGCUCGGCUGCCUACGCCAAGCAGGGCGACUACAGCCGCGCCCUGGCUGAUGCCUGCCGCACCAUUGAGCUGCGCCCCGACUGGGCCAAGGGCUACUCACGCAAGGCAGCGGCGCUGGAGUUCCUGAACCGCUUUGAGGAGGCCAAGGCCACGUAUGAGGAGGGGCUGAAGCACGAGCCUGGCAACGCACAGCUGCGGGAGGGGCUGCACAACAUGGAGGCCAGGCUGGCCGAGCGGAAACUGCUGAACCCCUUCAGUGUCCCCAACCUCUACGCCAAGCUGGAGGCGGACCCCCGGACGCGGGCGCUGCUGGGGGACCCCAGCUACCGGGAGCUGCUGGAGCAGCUGCGCACACAGCCCGCCGAGCUGGGCACGAAGCUGCAGGACCCCCGGGUGAUGACGACACUCAGCGUUCUCCUGGGGGUGGAUCUGAGUGGGGCUGAGGAGGAGGAGGAAGCCAUGUCCCCCCCGCCGCCCCCACCCCCCCCUCGGCCCGACCCGCGCCCUGAGCCCAUGCAGCAGGACCUCCCUGAGAACAAGAAGCAGGCGCAGCGGGAGAAGGAGCUGGGCAACGAGGCCUACAAGCGGAAGGACUUCAGCACUGCCCUGGCACACUACGACCGCGCCGAGGAGCUGGACCCCACCAACAUGACCUACAUCACCAACCAGGCUGCUGUCUACUUCGAGAAGGGCGACUACAACCGGUGCCGUGAGCUGUGCGAAAAAGCCAUCGAGGUGGGCCGGGAGAACAGGGAGGACUACAGGCAGAUCGCCAAAGCGUACGCCCGCAUCGGCAACUCGUACUUCAAGGAGGAGCGCUACAAGGAUGCUGUGCACUUCUACAACAAGUCCCUGGCCGAGCACCGCACGCCCGACGUGCUCAAGAAGUGCCAGCAGGCGGAGAAGAUCCUGAAGGAGCAGGAGCGGCUGGCGUACAUCGACCCCAACCUGGCGCUGGAGGAGAAGAACAAAGGCAACGAGUGCUUCCAGAAAGGGGAUUACCCCCGUGCCAUGAAGCACUACACCGAGGCCAUCCGGCGCAACCCGCAUGAUGCCAAGCUGUACAGCAACCGUGCUGCCUGCUACACCAAGCUGCUGGAGUUCCCGCUGGCGCUGAAGGACUGCGAGGAAUGCAUCCGCCUGGAGCCCACCUUUAUUAAAGGCUACACCCGGAAAGCGGCAGCCCUGGAGGCCAUGAAGGACUACAGCAAAGCCAUGGACGUGUACCAGCGCGCCCUGGACCUCGAUGCCAACUGUAAGGAGGCUGCUGAGGGUUACCAGCGCUGCCUGCUGGCUCAGUACAACCGCAACGACAACCCCGAGGAGGUGAAGCGGCGCGCCAUGGCCGACCCCGAGGUGCAGCAGAUCAUGAGCGACCCCGCCAUGCGCCUCAUCCUCGAGCAGAUGCAGAAGGACCCCCAGGCCCUCAGCGAGCACCUGAAGAACCCCGUCAUUGCCCAGAAGAUCCAGAAGCUGAUGGACGUCGGGCUGAUCGCCAUCCGGUGAUGUCACCGUGUCCGAGUGUGCCCCCCUCCCCCCCCCAACGCCCAUGGGAGACCCCCCCCAAAAAAAUUGGGGGAGGGGCAGGGAGGGGGGGUGAGGUGGAAGGGAACCCCACCUGGGAAGCAGCCCCCCUCCCAUCGCCUUGGGGCUACCAGAGAUGCUGCAGCCCCCAUGUGGGGGGUCUUGGUGUCCCCACAAGGGGGGGGGGGGGGGGGGUUGGAGUUUUGGGGGGGGGGGAGGGGGAGGGGGAGGUGGGGUGUUGUCCCCUCUUCCCCUUCUCCUCCUCCUCCCCUCCCCCCACAAAAAAAAACCCUGUUGUCUCGGUUUUGGGUCGCCGCGGCCCCAAUAAAGAGCGGAGCAGUU